AUGAGUCGUUUUGCAAUAAAUUUAUCAUUUUAUUUAAUUAUUGGAAUUACUCAAUGGAUUAUACAAGUUAUUGUAAUUGAACGUUUAGCUGAUCCAUUCCGUAAUUUUAUGGAUUUAUGUUCAGUGGCUAAUAUAAGUGUUUUGGCAUUAACACAUCCUUUGAGAGGCUAUUACAUCCAUGGACGUUCAGUACAUGGAUAUGCUGAUACAGAUAUGUUACAAAUGAAUACUUUUCUUCAACGAGAAAAGGAAAAUGUUUGUGCACUUAGAGGUCUUGAAAGUGGCGCUGAUUUACAAACAUUUGUUUGUAAUUUACCUUAUAUAUUUAAUGAAAGAAUAAAUCAAAUAUUGGAAGGAAUGAAUUUAAAAGGAAUUGGGGAUUUUAAUGGAAGAUUGCAACAAAAAAGUGGACAAUUCGAAAGAACAACAAUAAAAAUGCAACAACAAACAAAAAUAUAUAAAGAAUUAAAUAAUUUUUUAAAAGAUUUUAUUAAUCGAGUAGAUCCAAAAUGUGGAGAGUAUAAAUGUAUUGAUGAAAAUUUUAUUGAAGAAAUGUUAAAUAUGGAAUUAAUUGAUACUGGAAAAAUUGGGACAUUUAGAAGAGAUAAAUCAGAAAUGGCAUAUAGUUCAGCAUUUAUUUAUGGAAAUGAAUGGGCAUUAAUGUCUUUUGAAUUACUAUUAUUUUGUGUUGUAGACAUGUUUUGGCUAAACAGAAUAUUUGCUUCUGUUUUUGUUUAUUUAAUUUCAAAAUUAAUUUUAUUAAUUACAAAAAUAUAUUUUACUAAUCAAUUGGCUAAAAGUUGUUUAAUUGACAGUAGAUUUUUGAUUUGA